ACUCUUUUUCAAGUGAAAUGCGUGCAAGUUCACUACUAUAAACAAAAAAAAGAAAUAAAUUAGGGAAAGCAAAAAAAAUAGAAAAAGGAAGCUGAUUCUGUUCAUUAGCUCCGUCUAGGGUUUUUAUACACUUCGGUACCAUUUUCAUUACAGUAGAAAGUUUCUCUCUAAAACUACUUGAAGCAAUCAGAGUGCUUCCAGAAAUUUGAAUCGCCAUCAGCUUUUUAGGAACUCUUCCAGUGUCAUUCUGCAUUUUGGGAUGGGGGACGCGGACUCUCUUCAACCAUCAAAGAAAAGGGCUGCUGUAAAGGAACUAUCACGAGAUAAUCCUGGUCUUGAUGAUGAUAAUGAGUCAUCUGAACAGGAGAAUGGAACUUUCAAGAGAGCAAGUGAUGAGGUGAUGGCAAAUCGGAGAAUUGUCAAAGUUCGUAAAACAGCUUCGACUACAACUACUCCUUCUUCUAACCCUUUUGCGGCGAUCCAAUUGGUUCUACCUGCUAAUACCAGUACUCCUGCUGUGACCACAACUGAAGCUGGGAAUGGGACAACUUCCAAGAAGCCAGAAGAUUCAAAUGAUCAAAGUGAGGGAAUUAAAAAGGAAGAAACAGAUGUGAGUAAGGAAGCUGAUCAUGAGAAGGAAAGUGACGAAAAUUCUAAGCUACCCGAAAGCAAAUCUGAGUCAACAGCUGAUUCUAAUGUUGAUAAGGAGGAAGUUGAUAAGCCUAACAAACCUGAAUCUACUGAAAAGAAGGCAGUGGGAAGUGAAAAAAUUAAAGAUGACACUGAGACGGUCACUGUAGUGGAGAAGAGUGCAGAUGACAUAGAAGUGGAAGGCAAUAAGACGGAAAAUGAAAUGGAAAAACAUGUUGGCGAUGGAAAAAAUGACAAGGAUGCUGAAACUGCAUCUUUUGGCUCGUUUCAACAGCUCUCCAGUAGCCAAAAUGCUUUCACAGGACUUGCAGGAACUGGGUUCGCAAAUACUACAUUCUCAUUUGGAGCUAAUUCAAAAGAGGGAUCUCCACUAGGGUUUGGUUCUGAAUCAGGUGCUGGUUCUGGUUCUGGGUCUCUCUUUGGAGCAAAAAGCGAUCAGUCAAUUUUCGGUGUUAGUCUUCCCACUAAUGGAAAUGCUUCUCUAUUUGGUUACUCAGGGUCAUCUAGUGUAAAAAAGAGCGAGGGAACUGGAUUUCCUUCCAUGCAAGAGGUUCCGGUUGUAACAGGGGAGGAGCAUGAAAAGGCGAUCUUUACAGCUGACUCUGUGCUGUUUGAAUAUCUUAAUGGAGGGUGGAAGGAGCGUGGAAAGGGAGAGCUGAAGCUCAAUAUUUCAAGUGGAACUGGAAAAGCUAGACUUGUUAUGAGAACCAGAGGAAAUUACAGGUUGAUUUUGAAUGCCAACCUUUAUCCUGAAAUGAAGCUCGCAAGCAUGGAUAAAAAAGGUGUCACCUUUGCUUGUAUGAAUAGUGCUGAUGAUGGGAAAGAUGGACUUUCAACAAUUGCUUUGAAGUUCAAGGAUGCCUCUAUUAUUGAGGAGUUUCGAGCUGCUGUGAUGGAACAUAAAGAUAAGAUAGAAGUCUCUUUGAAGACGCCACCAAAUUCUCCAUGAACUUCAGAUGACUAAUAAUUUUGGCAACGAUGCAUAGAGAUUCUAUUUUCAUCACAGAACCCAUCUACAUUUUCCCCUUUUCUGCCCCUUUGCAUAGUUUUAAAAAAAUGUAGAAUAUUUUAUCCGUAGAUGGAUAACUUAUAAUCCUAUAUAGCAAGUAAAGUCUUCAACAUUAUGAUGUUGUUUAUCCCUAGUAUUUCUUCUCUUUUGAUUUUUGUUGUUAGCUCCUUGAAAUUACAAUUUGAAUUCCUAUCUCAAUGUAGAUACAA